CACACACAUACACACCAGAGAGAACGGACCGUUCCCAAAUCAACCCCUCUAGCCCACCCUCCUGCGGCCCUAAUCUACCACACCUGAUUCUACUAAACAGCUGCUUAUCUGGACUUUGGUUGAAUCGGGUGUAUUUAUGUAGGGCUGGAGCAAAAGCCUGCAUACCCAGCUGCUGGAGGAGGGUUGACCACCCCUGCCUGGUGUAGCCCCUUUUUCCUGAACAAGGGCAUACCAUUUUUAAUGAAAGUAGAGGGUAAAGGUAGUGUAGUUUAAUACAAAGUAACGUUUGGUGGCAGGUUUAAAUAAAAAAUUCAUACCUUGAGACUUGGAACUUAGUAAAUAUAUUUUAACCAAACCUUUGGGUUCCUCACUUGGUGCCUCUUGAUGGACAGACCCAGUCAGCAUCCUGUACGCCUGACAAAGGCAGGUUGCUCCAAUUAGAUGCCAUGCUCCAGUUGCCUUCCCAGCUGUUCUGCUGUUGGACAGUUUGAGGGUGACAGUUUGAAGCAGGUCUGAGUAUAGGGAUAAAAUAUGAAUCACUUACACCGCAGGAUUGAUGUACUGUAAUAAUGCCACAGUAGAUAAGUGUGGCAAUAUGUUUAAUGAUACUGUACUGUACAACCAUAGUUCAUAUUCUUGAACGUAACAAGUGGAGGGAAAAUCUGCUAGUUUAGGGCACCCUCUAUUGACGUAACAAUAUAGGACAUAUCUGUCUAAUAUAUCAUCUGUGUGAUAUUCUAUUUAGGGUAUAUGUCCUUAUGACAGAGUGUAAUACAUGGUGUUGCUAUGUUUUAGUACUAGGAUAUACUGUGAUUUGAUAGGGUGGAUAUGUGAAUACUGGGAUUUGAUAGGGUUGAUAUGUGAAUACUGUGAUUUGAAAGGGUGGAUAUGUGAAUACUGGAAUGUGAUAGGGUGGAUAUGUGUAUACUGUGAUUUGAUAGGGUGCAUAUGUGUAUACUGGGAUUUGAUAGGGUGGAUAUGUGAAUACUGGGAUUUGAUAGGGUGGAUAUGUGAAUCUGUGAUUUGGUAGGAUGUGAAUACUGGGAUUUGAUAGGGUGGAUAUGUGAAUCUGUGAUUUGAUAGGGUGGAUAUGUGAAUACUGGGAUUUGAUAGGAUGUGAAUACUGUGAUUUGAUAGGGUGGAUAUGUGAAUCUGUGAUUUGGUAGGAUGUGAAUACUGGGAUUUGAUAGGGUGGAUAUGUGUAUACUGGGAUUUGAUAGGGUGGAUAUGUGUAUACUGGGAUUUGAUAGGGUGGAUAUGUGAAUACUGGGAUUUGAUAGGGUGGAUAUGUGAAUACUGUGAUUUGAUAGGGUGGAUAUGUGUAUACUGUGAUUUGAUAGGGUGGAUAUGUGAAUACUGGGAUUUGAUAGGGUGGAUAUGUGUAUACUGGGAUUUGAUAGGGUGGAUAUGUGUAUACUGGGAUUUGAUAGCGUGGAUAUGUGAAUACUGGGAUUUGAUAGGGUGGAUAUGUGAAUACUGGAAUAUGAUAGGGUGGAUAUGUGAAUACUGGAAUGUGAUAGGGUGGAUAUGUGAAUACUGGGAUGUGAUAGGGUGGAUAUGUGAAUACUGGAAUGUGAUAGGGUGGAUAUGUGAAUACUGGAAUGUGAUAGGGUGGAUAUGUGAAUACUGGAAUGUGAUAGGGUGGAUAUGUGAAUACUGGAAUGUGAUAGGGUGGAUAUGUGAAUACUGGAAUGUGAUAGGGUGGAUAUGUGAAUACUGGAAUGUGAUAGGGUGGAUAUUUGAUAGGGUGGAUAUGUGUAUACUGGGAUUUGAUAGGGUGGAUAUGUGAAUACUGGAAUGUGAUAGGGUGGAUAUGAAUACACUGUGAUUUGAUAGGGUGGAUAUGUGAAUACUGUGAUUUGAUAGGGUGGAUAUGUGAAUACUGGAAUGUGAUAGGGUGGAUAUGUGAAUACUGGAAUGUGAUAGGGUGGAUAUGUGUAUACUGUGAUUUGAUAGGGUGGAUAUGUGAAUGCUGGAAUGUGAUAGGGUGGAUAUGUGAAUACUGGAAUGUGAUAGGGUGGAUAUGUGAAUACUGGGAUUUGAUAGGGUGGAUAUGUGAAUACUGGGAUUUGAUAGGGCGGAUAUGUGAAUACUGGGAUUUGAUAGGGCGGAUAUGUGAAUACUGGGAUUUGAUAGGGCGGAUAUGUGAAUACUGGGAUUUGAUAGGGUGGAUAUGUGAAUACUAGGAUUUGAUAGGGUGGAUAUGUGAAUACUGGGAUUUGAUAGAGUGGAUAUGUGAAUCAAAAGGGACAGAAAUAAGACAGCGAAAGGAAUGUGUGAAUGUUGAGAACAUUUGCUAUAUGUGAAUGACAGUGCGUGUGCGUAUGGCCUCCCGAGUGACGCAGCGGUCUAAGGCAGAGGCGUCACUACAGACCCGGGUUCGAUCCCAGGCUGUGUCACAACUGGCCGUGACCGGGAGUCCCACAGGGCGGCACACAAUUGGCCCAGUGUGGUCUUAUAGCGCUCUGGCGACUCCUUGUGGCGGGCUGGCUGACUUCGGUCGUCAGCUGAACGUUUUUUCCUCCGACACAUUGGUGCGGCUGACUUCUGGGUUAACGGGCGGAUGUUAAAAAGCGAGGUUAUGGCGGGUCAAGUUCCGGAGGACGCAUGACCGACCUUCUCCUCUCCAGAGCCCGUUGGGGAGUUGCAGCGAUGAGACAAGAUCGUAUUUGGAUAUCACAAAAUUGGGGAGAAAAGGGGGGUCAUUUUUUUUUCAAGAACGUGUGCUUGUCUGUUCACUAGCCGAGUGAGAAAUAAACCACAGAGAGAGACAAAUAGAGCGAGUGAUACAGAACAGAGAGAGAGAGAGAGAGACAAGAGAGAGGCAGGAACCUGGACUUUGUCAUCCUACAAGAAACAUGGUAUAGAGGAGAUGGACCACUGGUUGCCCUCUAGGUUACAGAGAGCUGGUAGUCCUAUCCACCAAAUUACCAGCUGUGAAACGGAAGAGUCUCAGGGGGUAUGCUAAUUUGGUAUAGAGCAGACCUAACUCACUCUAUUAAAUUAAUCAAAACAGGAACAUUUUACAUUUGGCUGGAAAUUCAAAAGGAAAUUAUCGCAACAGAGAAAAAUGUUCUCAUGUGUGCUACCUACAUCCCCCCACUAGAAUCCCCAUAUUUUAAUGAAGACAGCUUCUCCAUCCUGAAGGAGGAAAUCAAUCAUUUCCAGGACCAGGGACAUGUAGUAGUCUGCGGCAGUUAAAACAGGGCUGUGGAGUGCAGCUUGAGCCCCACCCUCUUCAACAUACUGUAUAUAAACAAAUUGGCAAGGGCACUAGAACAGUCUGCAGCACCCGGCAUCACCCUACUAGAAUGUAAAGUCAAAUGUCUACUGUUUGCUGAUGAUCUAGUGCUUCUGUCCCCAACCAAGGAAGGCCUACAGCAGCACCUAGAUCUUCUGCACAGAUUCUGUCUGACCUUGGCCCUGACACUAAAUCUCAAUAAGUCAAAAAUAAUGGUGUUCCAAAAAAUAUCCAGUUGCCAGGACCACAAAUACAAAUUCCAUCUAGACACCAUUGUCCUAGAGCACACAAAAAACUAUACAUACCUCGGCCUAAACAUCAGCGCCACAGGUAACUUCCGCAAAGCUGUGAAUGAUCUGAAAGACAAGACAAGAAGGGCAUUCUACGCCAUCAAAAGGAACAUAAAAUUCAACAUACCAAUUAGGAUUUGGCUAAAAAUACUUGAAUCAGUUAUAGAACCCAUUGCCCUUUAUGGUUGUGAGGUCUGGAUUCCGCUGACCAACCAAGAAUUCACAAAAUGGGACAAACACCAAAUUGAGACGCUGCAUGCAGAAUUCCGCAAAAAUAUUGUCUGUUUCCAACGUAAAACACCAAAUAAUGCAUGCAGAGCAGAAUUAGGCCGAUACCCGCUAAUUAUCAAAAUCCAGAAAAGAGACGUUAAAUUCUACAACCACCUAAAAGGAAGCGAAUCCCAAACCUUCCACUUACAGAGAUAUUAACCUGGAAAAGAGUCCCCUAAACAAGCUGGUCCUGGGGCUCUGUUCACAAACACAAACAGACCCCACAGAGCACCAGGACAGCAACACAAUUAGCCCCAACCAAAUCAUGAGAAAACAAAAACAUAAUUACUUGACACAUUGGAAAGAAUUAACAACAAAAAAAUUGCAAACUAGAAUAUUUGACCCUUAACAGAGAGUACCCAGUGGCAGAAUACCUGUCCACUUUGACUGACGCAAAAUUAAGGAAAGCUUUAACUAUGUACAGACUCAGUAAGCAUUGCUAUUCGAGAGGCCGCAAUAGGCAGACAUGGCUCUCAAGAGAAGACAGCCUAUGUGCACACUGCCACAAAAGGAGGUGGAAACUGAGCUGCACUUUCUAACCUGCCAAAUGAAUGACCACAUUAGAGACACGUAUUUCCCUCAGAUUACAAAGACCCACAAAGAAUUGUAAAACAAAUCCAUUCUUGAUAAGCUCCCAUAUAUAUUAGGUGAAAUACUACAGUGUGCCAUCACAGCAGAAAGACUUGUCACCUGUUGCCCAAAAAAAAUGGCUACCAGUGGAGCACAAACACCAUUUUAAAUACAACUUAUAUUUAUCUGUUUAUUUAUCUUCACUUCACUUAUCACUCACUUUCACUUUCAAAUUGAAUUGAGAGAGAGAAAGGGAGAAAGAGGGAGAAUAUAUUUGAUUGCAUUCUCCAUGCCAUCAACACCUUUUGAAUGUAAUUUAAUUGAGAGAAAGAGAGGAUGGACCAUUUUGGCAAAUAGAUGGGCAGCACUCUCUGGUCUAUCCCAUGAUCCUGCGGCAAUAAUUAACACGAGAUCAGUGGUCGAUUCUCCUUGACAGCGACCCUGCCCCAGGCUCUUCCUGCUUUUACCCACCCAGCAUGGGAAUCAUUGACCGGCCGCUCAGACUAGAUUAAAAUAGAACCAGAAACAGACAAGCUAUCAGGGGACGGAGAGAAAGAUUUCAGGCUAUACAGCAUAUAUCCAUUAGCUGAUGUAUUUUCCACCUCUUCCACUUUGAUGAGUACAUAUUGUAAUUCAGUCACAGCACACAGUAGUGUAUUUAUCAUGCGGGAUGAUAGUUGAAUGUGGUACUGGUUGAUGGUUUGAUGUUUCGUGAUGGUUAACUGACAUUAUGUAAGCCGUAGAAUAGAUUUUUUUUUAACAGGACAUAACUGUCAUUAAUUACUAUUCCAAACAAAUGAAACUUCUCCAUUGACUUGUUUGACUUGUUCAGCAAAGUCUUGUCACAGUAAAACGUCCAGUAGAGUACUGCAGUUUAAUGUAGUACUGCAGCAGUCAUGACAACCGUUUCAAAUGUUGACAAGAGGUUUGCCCUGUCUUGCCCAAGGCACUGUGAGUUCCAUUGCCCCACUGAGAGUGUACUUGUUCAUUCACUGUGAGUAACAUGGCUGAUGUGGGCUACCAAUGGCUGAUGUUGGCUACCAGCGACCAUGCUUGACACAAUGCUAUGGAGCAGGCUUGCUUUGAAGCUUAACCAACUUGUGCUUAUGUUUAGAAUGCCUCUAAGCAAGUGAAACGCACACGCUGUAAACACAGGUCUGAGGAAAGGUCAGUGUUCAACUCAGGUACCCGUUGUGGGCGAAGGAUGACAGGACAUUUAGAAGUAAUCACCGUUUCCAUGGAGACAGCGCUGGAGACAGGCUCUUGCUCCUAACCAGAGUUCCAUUCUGUACAGAGGCAGUAGGACUACUGUUUUUCUGUCUCUGUGUCUGUGGUUGGUUAUAAUGCAUUUCUCAGUUGUUUGGAUUUUUUUCCUGAGAGAAGAAGAGAGCUUUCACUUCCAUGUUUUUUAUUGAGCCUCUGGUUUAGCCUUGACUGUGCUCCUGCUGCCUGCCCUGGCUGUGACGGGGUGCCAUGGAAACCAAAACGGGGGUGCGUCACCCCACCCGCAUGCCCCGCCUCAUCCCAGCAUCUAUCCCAGGAUCAAUGGACGGCUGGCAUCACGGAAACUGGUGAAUCAGCCCAAUAGAUUAGAGGAAGGUCUGAAAACAAGUGCAGCAGUUUGUAUCAAUAUUUAUUUUUGGAGUGACAGCUUGAGCCAAUCUGCUGCUGAAUCGUGCCCAGCCUAAAUCUACCAGAGACACCACUACCUCUCUCUGCGCCACUGAGAGGACAGCAGCAGUGACCUUUCUUUUCCACUUUUGUGUUUGAAGAUAAAUAUCUGUUUUUAGUCUUUUAUUGUCAGCUUUUUUAUUCCAAACCGUUAUCUAGAGUGGACUUCCAGUGACAGCAGAUACUUCAUAAGAGGACCUAUUUAUAGUAGUCUGCAGAGUGGACAUAGCCUUUUUGUAACCAGUAGCCACUACUUCAGCUUGGCUUGUGCUGCAGCUUCUGUUCCUGACGAAUAGCAACCCCAUCAAAACACAGAACCGCUCUCUGGUUCCGUGAGGCUCAGGCUUGGAUAACGGUGAGAAGCAGCAGGUGAGAGAACGCCAGAACCCUGGAUGAGCAGGGCGCCCACCCGGAGUGGGGUGGGGAAGAGGCACCACAGACACCGUCACAGACCCAGGAGAUGACAGACCCCGUGGGGCAGGAGAUCCAGGGACCACCAGCCCCCUGUCCAGAGGUGGUGGUGGGGGAAAAACACCCAAAAACCAAGAGGACCACCAACAGUCUCACACCAGGGACCUUGGGCACCCCACAUCAGCGCCCCUCUGUGAACCACCGGCACAACGAGGGAGAAGAGGUUGUGCGCCGCGCCUCGCAGUUCAACAUGGAGGGCUUGGAGGACUUUGAGGAGUUUGUGUUGAAUUUUGACGAUUAUGACCUGCUUGAAUCCAUCCAUGACCACCUGGGGUCCCCUGAGGACGCAGUCCCCCUGGAGCCCGACCAUGACCAGCUGGGGUCCCCUGAGAACCGAGAACCCUUGGGACCCAUCAGUCACCGAUUCGAGGACAACCCUGGGGUGAGGCGUCAUCUGGUGAAGAAGUCAUCUCGAUGCCAGCUCACUCAGAACAGCAACAGCUCUCCGCCCCAGUCCAGCCUGAAGAGGAAGAAGAGAGUGGCUGACAAGAAGACCCAUGAGGUGUUUGUGGAGCUAAAUGAGCUGAUAGUGGAUAAGAACCAGAAGAUGCGCUGGAAGGAGACGGCUCGUUGGAUCAAGUUUGAGGAGGACGUGGAGGAGGAGACAGACCGCUGGGGAAAACCCCAUGUGGCUUCACUCUCCUUCCGCAGCCUGCUGGAGCUCCGCAGGACCAUCACACAUGGUGUCGUCCUGUUGGACCUGGAGCAGACCACUCUGCCUGGCAUCGCCAACCUGGUGGUGGAGACCAUGAUCAUGUCAGACCAGAUCAGAGCGGAGGACCGGGCCAACGUGCUCCGUGCCCUGCUGCUCAAACACCACCACCCCAACGACGAAAAGGAGGGCCUUUUCCAUCGCAACCACUCUACUAAAAGCCUUCACGGCAGCUUCCAACGCAACCACAACCACGUUCCCGACACCACGGUGCCCCUAGUGGCUGAAGAUCCUACAGAGGUCCUCCACCAUGAAAAGAAGCAGCAGACCAGAGAUGUGUUUAAAUCACUCCAUCCCCCCCUGCCGAUGGCCCUCCAACAACAGGUUACCAAACACACAAAACUCCUAGCCAAGAUUCCCAAGGACGCAGAAGCAACUGUGGUCUUAGUGGGUUGCGUGGAGUUCCUGGAGCAGCCAGCCAUGGCCUUCAUCAGGCUGAGUGAGGCGGUCCUGCUGGAGUCGGUCCUGGAGGUGCCGGUGCCGGUCCGUUUCCUCUUUGCACUGCUUGGACCCGCUCAGUCCAACAUGGACUACCAUGAGAUUGGACGCUCCUUCUCCACCCUCAUGUCUGACAAGAACUUCCACGAGGUGGCCUACUUUGCGGAUGACCGGCAGGACCUGCUGAACGGCAUUAAUGAGUUCUUGGACUGCAGCAUCGUCAUCCCCCCGUCGGACGUGGAAGGCAAGGACCUGCUGAAGACAGUGGCCUCCUUCCAGAAGCAGAUGCUGCGCAAGAGGAAGGAGAGAGAGACCACCAAGACCCACACCACCCCCUGGACAGACCAGGAGACCAAAGAGGUGAGCCAGGAUGAGCAGGAAGAUGAGGAGGAUCAGGAGGUGGACCCCAUGAAGAGGUCGGGCAUCCCCUUUGGAGGCCUCAUCCAUGACAUCAGGCGGCGCUACCCGCGCUACGCCAGCGACAUCAAGGACGCCUUGGACUCACAGUGCAUCGCCGCCGUCAUCUUCAUCUACUUCGCCGCCCUCUCACCCACAAUCACCUUUGGAGGGCUGCUGGGAGAGAAAACAGAGGGCAUGAUGGGAGUGUCUGAGCUCAUCAUCUCCACAGCGACUCUGGGGGUACUUUUCUCUCUGAUGGCUGGACAGCCCCUCCUCAUCAUCGGCUUCUCAGGACCCCUGCUGGUGUUUGAGGAGGCCUUCUACAAGUUCUGCCAGGCCCAGGGCUUUGAGUACCUGACGGGCCGGGUGUGGAUCGGCUUCUGGCUCGUCUUCAUAGUGCUGUUGAUAGUGGCGGCCGAGGGAAGCUUCUUGGUUAAAUACAUCUCACCCUUCACCCAGGAAAUAUUUGCCUUCCUCAUCUCACUCAUCUUCAUCUACGAGACCUUCUCCAAGCUCAUCAAGGUAUUCCAGGAGCAUCCUCUGAUGAGAAGCUACCCGCCUGCCUUUGGCCUUCCCGGCAUGGAGUUCACCAACCCCACAGACCCCCACGGCCCCAUCCUAAACCAACCCAACACGGCCCUGCUGUCUUUCAUCCUCAUGCUUGGUACCUUCUUUGUGGCCUACUUCCUUAGGAAAUUGCGCAACAGUCGAUUCCUGGGCGGGAAGGCCAGAAGAAUCAUCGGAGACUUUGGCAUCCCCAUCUCCAUCCUGUUCUCUGUACUGUUGAGUUACUCCGUCCCCGACACAUAUACCCAGAAGCUGAAUGUACCGUCUGGUUUCUCAGUCACGUCUCCUGACAAGCGGGGCUGGUUCAUCAGUCCGUUCGGCGACCUCAAGCCCUUCCCCGCGUGGAUGAUGGGGGCAUCGGUGGUGCCCGCCCUCCUCGUCUUCAUCCUCAUCUUCAUGGAGACACAGAUCACCUCACUCAUCGUCAGCAAGAAGGAACGUCGCCUGGUCAAGGGCUCUGGCUUCCACCUUGACCUGCUGCUCAUCGUCACGCUGGGCGCCAUGUGCCCUCUGUUAGGCCUGCCCUGGCUCACCGCGGCCACGGUGCGCUCUGUCACGCACGUCAACGCCCUUACUGUCAUGAGCAAGGCCACAGCGCCCGGCGAGAAGCCCGUGAUCCAGGAGGUGAAGGAGCAGCGGUUGACAGGCCUUGUAGUCGCCGUGCUCGUGGGCAUGUCCCUCGUGAUGACAGAUGUGCUUCGUCACAUUCCGCUGGCCGUGUUGUUCGGUAUCUUCCUCUACAUGGGCGUCACGUCAAUCACCGGCAUCCAGCUCUACGAGCGCAUCACUCUCAUGUUCACGCCAGCCAAGCACCACCCCGACCACAUAUAUGUGACCAAGGUGAAGACGUGGCGUAUGAACAUGUUCACCAUCAUCCAGCUGGCCUGCAUCAUGUUGCUGUGGGUGGUCAAGUCCACCGUGGUCUCGCUCGCCUUCCCCUUCAUCCUCAUCAUGACCGUGCCGCUCCGCCGCCUCAUCCUCUCCCGGAUCUUUGAGGAGCGUGAGCUCCAAGCGCUCGACGGGGAAGACGAGUCAUCCCCCAACUUUGACGAGGAUGGUCAGGACGAGUAUAACGAGAUUCACAUGCUUGUGUAGACACGUGACACGGGGAGGCCCAAUAGGCUUUCACUGUCUCCCAACACUAACCAAUUACGAGCAAGCUUCUUUGGAAGGCAAACCUUAUUAGGUCUGGGUAGCUGUGUUUUUCAACCCCCCCCCCCCAGAUGUGCUGAGGGUAGAAUAUUUGUCCAACAGAGAAACAUUAUUAUGUAUACAUAUAUAUAUUAUAUGCGUAUAUUACUGUGUACAUAUACAUUCAAAUCUGUCUCCUCUUUGAUCUAAAAAUGCUGUAAAGGAAUAACCGCAUUGUUAUGAUUUGUUUCUGUUUGUCCUGCUCCAACUAUAUAUUUUUUCUCUCAGACGGUCAGUAACAACUCUACUGCCAUACUGUGACAGAGUGGGUGAGGAAUCCUAAAGUGUGUGACGCGGACAAUGCACCAUUUCAACACAGACCAAUCAUUUAAAAAGGCUCCUCCCUACACAAACUCUGAACAUGGGUUCCUCCCAUUUGCUUUAACGGUCACGCUCACGACAGAUUCCAGGCGUACGUGUAAUGUCGACAACCCCAAGGAUUCCAGUAGGUUGGUUUCCUCUCCCAGUGUUGGAGUCCCAUAUUUUUGGGGCACCGGUGGGAUGAACACUGGUUGUACGACACCCUCACAUGUUUCACCAGGAGCCAAUACUCCACUGCCUCCUCAGCGUAACUGCCUUCCCCCUCUUCUUCAUACUGUAGGCAUUAUCAGUGCAGUUUGAUGACGUCGCUAACCAAACAGUAUGACGUUCCCUUUUAUUUGUUUUUAGUUGUUUGCUACUCGCAAGGACACGUUCACCUUUGACCUUUGCGAUUCACCUGCACUGCCACACCAGUUCCCUGGUCCAAGAACAGAAGAAUCAUUGGAUGAGACCUCUCAGGGCAUUUCCACUGAAACGAAGAUGCUCUGAGGACUGCUUGUGUGUUGGAGCUGUUUUUCUUUAUGAGGUAUAUUCGGCGUUACAUGCCAGUCCAAUGAUGUCACUGUGGAUGUAUAUGUGAACACAUUGUGAUCUGCUGACCUUGAAUACGUUUCAAUUGUUUCUUUAGUACUUCUGACCAUAUGAAUGAAAUGUUAUCCUACCUAUUUAUUUACAUGUUGUUUUAGUUGCCAAAAUUCUAUGAAGCCAUAUUGACAUAUGGGAUUCUUUCUUAAUGUCUGUUUGUUCAAUUAAUAACUUUAUUUGAAACCUUUGUCACAGUCACUGGAAUUAUGCCACAGUUAUCAAAAUCACUGUAUAGCACCACUGCCAUUGUGUACUUACAUGUUCUGAGGGCAACUGUUGGAUAUGAAGGGUACUGAAGCUUCAUACGAACCUAACCCUUGAACUGCAAAUAGAUCUUUGACCAUUAGUUUGUUGUUCCUGUUGUGAACACAAAUCAGUCAUGACAUUUUAAAAUGUUUUUCAAGUUAUACACAGUUAGUUCAGAAGGGAUUCUAUACAACUUAGCAUUUGUUUAACAUGUACAGUCUCUGGAAUGGACUCUUUACCCCAAGGUUCAGAGUUAUACCCCACACAGAAUGGCUUUGUGUUUAAAAUGUACGUUUUCAUGAGCUGUGUUGCAGAACCAUUUUUGACUCUGGUUGUAUUAAUGCUAAAUGCUAGGAUUGGAGACUUAUUGAAUGCAGAUUGUGUAUGGACAACCUACUUAGCCCCACACCAUGUGAGACUUAUUGAAUGUAUAGGCCUACCCAAUGGGCACACACUGGUUGAGACAACGUUGUUUGACGUUGAAUCAACGUGGAAUAGACGUUGUAUUGCGGUCAUUGGGACAGAGAAAGACCGACACUCAAAAAAAAGUCCUCAGUCAAGAAUUGGAAUUGUGGUUUUUAUUCCAAAGAAUAAUAAGGGUUGAUCUGUCAGUAUUGUCUGAGUGUUGGAACAGGGAACAUGAACAUUGAAUUGUUAUGGAGCAAAGGGAAAAAAGGCCUGGCAUGUUAGACGUUGGGAAUCCACAAUGUUUCGUCACCUGAUACCUCCAUGCUAGCACAGACCAGACCACCCACCCAAAAUCUAGGAAUAUAGCCUUGUUAUUUUUGAAACGACGCUACCUAGACCUCUCGCUUGAUUGAAAGUCUCCGGGCACAUUUUUUUCCCCCUCGUGAUUGGAUGUCUAGGACAAGGAAUGUUUUUGUUGUCUGUACAUUAUGCACACUUGUGAAGGCUAUUAAUUAAUAAGUAGACAAUCAGAAAUGUACUCCUGUAUAGCUUUAUGUAUCUACUGUCAUCAGGAAUAUGAUAGAACCGCUAACCCUGUGGCGACAUCCUAUUGUAUAAUGAGCUCGUUUUUCCCCAGUCCUUUUUUGUACUGCAUAUUCAUUUGAAUUAAUGAGUCAUUCUAAACUUGUUUGCGCCAUGUAAUAAAUAUGACGUUAUAAAGGUGAAGAUCCCCUUUAAAUAGUUAUUAUUCUCUUUAGAAUUGUCUAAGCGUCAGGUCAGUGAUUAUUUAAAGGGGAAUUUUACUUUAAUUGAGUGUCUUGAGGCAUUGAAAAGAUGUCCUGCAGGCCACUUGUAAUGAAGCACUUAUGACAUACUAUUUAUGCUUCAGUACAGGACAAUGACUUUAGUUUGAAUGGUUUUUACAUGCUAUACUUGUGUGUUAAAAUCAGCAUGAGGUCAUGUCACACACAAAUAUAGUGACACACACAUAAACAUAUUGCCACACUCAAACAGAGCUAUAACUCGUUCUGCUCUGAAAACGAUACCUGACUGUAAUGACGAAGUGUGGUUUGUCAGUCUGAGAAUCUAUUUUUAAUGUGAGUUUAUUUUAUGGUAAAUUAUUAAUUACUUUAGCAUUAGCAAUACUGAAAUAUACUUGUGUUAUGUGGAUACUUGAAUAGCAAUUCAGCCUGCUGUUAUUGUGAAGGGGUUUUCAAACUAUGGUAAAACAAAUUAUUUUUUUGGUCUGAAAAUAAAUAUUUAUUAUGUGUUUCAAAUAAAUCUAUCAACUCUU